AUGUCUACUUCCCCGUGUGGUUCUGGCACCAACCCCAGUAGUGCCAACAAGCAAAAGCUUGCUCCUCCUGCUGAAGAUUUGUUGUUGGAUCGGCCAGAUAUUUGGAUUGGAAAUAUCCUGCCAUGUCUUGGUCUUGGGCACUACGCGUAUAUUGGUGCAGUCAACAAACAAAUGAAUCACCUUUACAAAGAAUAUUGCGACAAGCAGAAGAAGAAGGAGGAGGAGGAGAGCGGUGAAAGCACAACAGUCGACACCCACUACGAGACUUAUUAUAGUGUUGCUUUCUACAAUGUGGCAUGUGCCGAACACUGGCACUGCCAAAGACUCCAAUAUGGGAAUGACAACGAUCUGGGAUGCACCGAGGACAGUGAAGAUUUCUGUGACGUAACUAAGACAAUUGCCAGUGUUGGAAGUAUCCCCGUGCUAAAAUGGGCCCUCGAUAAAGAAUACCCAUGGAAUGGAAUGACCUGUGCGGGCGCCGCUAGAAAAGGCCAUUUGGAUGUUUUGAAAUGGGCUCGCAAACACGGUUGUCCAUGGAAUGAUUUGACAUGUCAGUUUGCAGCUUAUGGUGGCCAUUUGGAACUGCUCCAGUGGGCUCAUGAGAAUGGAUGCGACUGGAACACGAUAGUAUGCUCGGCUGCUGCCAGAUUUGGCCAUUUCGCAUUGCUCAAGUGGGCAAGAACACACGGAUGUCCAUGGAACACAUUGACAUGCUCUGCUGCAGCGGAAGGCGGCCACUUGGAAAUUCUCAAAUGGGCCCGUGAGAAUGGAUGUCCAUUGAGUGCCAACACAUGCUCCAGUGCUGCUGGAAGUGGCCAUUUACACAUUCUCAAAUGGGCCCGUGAGAAUGGCUGUCCAUGGGAUGUUGCCACAUGCUCCAGCGCUGUUGUGCAUGGCCAUUUAGAGAUUUUCAAAUGGGCACAUGAGAAUGGCUGUCCAUGGGACAGACUCACAUGUGCUUUUGCUGCAGAUUAUGGUCAUUUGAACAUUUUGCAAUGGGCGCAUGAAAAUGGAUGCCCAUGGGACAAAGAUAUCUGUGCAAGAGCUGCUCGAGCAGGACAUCUUGGAAUUCUCAAGUGGGCCCGUGAGCAUGGAUGCCCAUGGGAUGAAAGCACAAUCGAAGCAGCUUAUAUGCAUGGUCAUUUCGAAAUUGUGGAUUGGGCACGUGAGAAUGGAUGCCCAGCUCGAGAUGAAGAAGAGUAA